AUGGCCCCCGAUCCCGGCCCCCUCCCCUCCAGCCCCAACCACAACCAGCCAUUGGUCAAAAACCCAUACCAUCGCUUCUGCCAAGCCAUCCUAUCCCAACAUUCCCAAUUACCAGGCCCUUUCCAACCCGUCAGGAUCAAAAUCGUCAUUUCUAUGGCUGGUUCCUCCGAUCUCAGCGGCCGAGUCCCCCCCCUUCCGUUUGAAAACGCCCCCGACGGCUUGCAGGAGUCGUGGUUAGGCCCUUCCCAAGCAGCCAGCCGCAAUGCCGAGUCCUUCCGCGUGUUCCAUGACAACCCGUGCACCGAAAGCCAAUUCAGGAAUGCUUACAAUGCGUCGGAUGGCCGGGCGACAGGCUUGGAGUCGGCGCCAAUGAGGCCUCAACUACGGCCCUUAUAUCUGGACUACCAGGUUUACCAUCGAUCCGUGGCCAGUCAGCUCGGCCAAAGCUCCGGGGCAAAUGAAUGGUGUAGUGUGAUCCCUCCGAAAAAGUCCGAGACCGUUUGGAAGGUCGAUCUGUCUUACUAUUCGUGGGACCUUUGUAAGCAGGAGAUCAUUUUCUUGUGCGGCCCGACUCGUGAACAUAUUGAUAAACACCUCCGGCGGCUUGAGGCGGAGGGGUUGCUCAAAUGGCAAUGCAUCCUCCAUAGGGACGGAAUGUUUGCGCAGAACAAAAACUACUUUGCGACGAAUGACGAGGAUUUUGCCCCGUUUGUCCAGGCUUUCAGCAAUAAUUUAACGAACAAGGCGAUGAUUAAGAUCAUCAUGGAAGAUCCGAAUAGGUCCGCCAAGGACUCCGAAGAGGCUAAAAAGGUCAACGACAGUCUGGCGUUGAAUUAUGCAGACGAGGACACCCGCCUGGCCUUGCAGCGGGUGCAUACCCGCCUGGCUGUAAAUCCCAAGUCAGAUGUCAGUGCACAGGAACGAGGCCGACUAGUGGCGGAGAUCACGCGUCACAUCAAGGGCAAAUACGGAUGUGACGCGGAGUCAAUGCGCAUGCGUGAUCCUGUGGACCCCAAGAGAUCGAUCCGCGUUACAACUGAAGCCCUCCGGGCCUGGAGUCGGGCAAUGCUCCACGGGGAGCCUGGGGUCGACUUGGAUAACCCGCCGAAGUGUAAAGAGUGUACACCUGAGGAUGUGGCCGUGCUCACUCUGGAUGAAAUGGCCGCAAACAGGAAGCUCGACUGUCCCGGCACAAGAGGACAUCAUCCCCAGCAAAGCCGACGUCGUCGGCCUGGAUUGUUCUUCACGCCGCCCCGCCGUUCCGCCUCUGGUCGCAUCCUUGCUCCUCGACUGAUGACCGGGGAUCCGGGCCAAUCACAUGACAGCACGGCCGCCGCUCCCCGCCGGUCAUCCAACCUCUCGAACAGCACCUCCAUCUCAGUCCGCAGCAAUACGCCCGCUGUCCGCGUGGACCUGGGCGCCUCCAAGGGCUAUGAAGACCUCACUGAGCCUGGCGAUGAGCACGAGGUCAGCUGGCGAACGUCGACCCCAGUCGAAGACGAUGUCCCCAGGGACGUCAGCACCCAGGGUACGGACAUCGAGGUCCUCCCGUCCGGCACUAUCCUUCGGUCCCCCUCGCGCAAGUUGGCUCGUAGUCCCGUAGGCGAGGGAAUCGUUCACAAUUUCAGCAGGCUUGAAUUCGAGCGGCCUCGGUCCCCGUCAAGAUAUCUGUCGGUUUCUCCAACUCGCAAGCGGCCUGGAUCCCAGGCCUCGUUGUCGUACCCUUCGGUGGACAUGACUGAUAAGGCCCCUUUGAAUGAGCUGGGUCGAGCGCUCACUAUUGACGAUUUCUUGGGACUCUGCAAUUUCACCGACGACGACCACAUUCCUAGGGUGUUGAUCUCCCUCAACCACAUUCGCCGAUGGGAUUUUUUCCUCAACACUAAUUUCUAUGUACUCCAAAAGAUGGGAUUCCCUUACCCCAUAGCCACACAACUAUUGAAGGGGGCCAAGUGGCUUGAGGCCACACACGUUCAACUUGACACCGCGGGAAUACGCCCUGCUGAAGCAUCCGCAGCACACGCGUCUGUGGACGGACUAGGACCCAAGUCCGUCCCUGAUCCUGCCCACGGUUCUUCAUCUGCCGACGAUGCGGGCGCUCCGCCGGUUGCGGGGCCAUCAGGCGCCCGUGUGGCCUCCCGUGCGAGCAAUUCCGAGUGUCCGGAAUCUAUCCCUGAUUCGAACGAGGCCGACAACAAUACCCCAAGCCUUGGAGGAGGAGGGGCAACCUCGGAUGCUGAUUACCAACCGUCGCCCGAAUAUUGA